GCAGCCCAGCAGCCCGGGGCCGGAGAUGAGCGUGGGCGGGGGGUGCGGGGCCGCGGGGGUCCCCCGGGCGGUGCCGGCGCCCGGCGCCUCGAAGGUGGAGCUGCGGCGGAGCUGCCGGCACCUGCUGGACCGCGACCCGCUCACCAAGUCCGACCCCCGCGCCGUGCUGCUGCUGCGGGCGCAGGGCCAGUGGGUGCAGGUGGACCGGACGGAGGUGGUGGGCAGCUGCCUGCACCCCGUCUUCUCCAAGGUCUUCACGCUCGACUACUGCUUCGAGGAGGCGCAGAGGCUGCGGUUCGAGGUCUUCGACAGCCACGGGCCCGGCCUCGGCUGCCCCGAGGAGGACUUCCUGGGCGGCAUGGAGUGCACCCUGGGGCAGAUUGUGGCCCAGAAGAAGGUGACCCGACCGCUGAUGCUGAAGGUCGGCAGGCACGCGGGCAAGUCCACCAUGACGGUGACGGCCGAGGACAUUUCCACCAACAACGGGUACGUGGAGCUCUCCUUCCGGGGCCAGCAGCUGGACAACAAGGACGUCUUCAGCAAGUCCGACCCCUUCCUGGAGCUGUACCGGGUCAACGAGGACCGGAGCGAGCAGCUGGUGUACCGCACGGAGGUGGUGAAGAACAACCUGAGCCCCGUGUGGCAGCCGUUCCAGGUGUCGCUCAGCUCGCUGUGCCGCUGCGAGGAGACCAGGCCCCUGAAGGGCCUGGUCUGGGACCACGACUCCGGCGGGAAGCACGACUUCAUCGGGGAGUUCACCACCACCUUCGCCGAGAUGCAGAGGGCCUUCGCCCAGGGCCAGGCCCGGUGGGAGUGCGUGAACGCCAAGUGCAAGCAGAGGAGGCGUCCUGCAGGGACUCGGGCUGGGAGCCGAAUGCCGGGCCGACCUGGAGGCGGGAGAGGAGGGCUGGAGCACCAGCUCCAACAAGAGAAGCACUGGAACAGAAAGGGGGGGCGCCUCCCUCCAGGUGUGAGCGACACCCCAAAACUGCCCAUGGAAGCACAGAGCUCCCAACACAGAGGCGACGGACACCUCCAGGGCGAGCAGAAGACCUACAGCCGGCCGUGUGGCUCCGGAUGGAGCUUCCACCUGUGA